AACAACCAGUGAGCCCCUCAGUCACCAACACUGACCUCUGAAGCUCCUUGAAUGCGUCAGGAAAAAGCACGACGCCAUCUCAUCUCAUAUUACUGAGCGCAAACAGAACCCCACCCCGCGUUAAGUUGUAUGCGUAAUGGAUCUUCAUGAAGUCGCUGAAAAGAUGCUACGAUUGUAUUACACGCAAUGAAAAAAAAAAAAGAAGUCAAGUAUUAACUAAAAAAUGAAGUAAACCAAAAUGAAGACCUGGUUUCAGUGUACACAAUGGACUCUGCUUUUCAUCUGUGUAUCGGAUGUGUUCAUCUUUGCUGCAGGUUCCAGCACUUCAACUGAGAGGGUGGUAAUGUACAGUACUGUGGGGAAGUCCCUUACAUUCCCUACCAGGGUACCACUUACUGGGACUAUACACUAUGAAGGCAGAAACAUUGGAGUCGUGCUUAAUAAAAACACUGAUACAGAAACAGAUGAGAAGUUUAAGAAUCGUCUCCACUGGGACAAUCAGACUGGGCUCUUCACUCUCUCAGACCUGAGGACAGAAGAUUCAGGUGGUUAUACUGUAGAGAGCAGUAAAGAGUCCAAGAUCAAGCAGGAAUAUCAGCUGGAGGUGUACAAAAAUGUACCAGCACCUCAGGUGACAUCAUCCAGUAACUCUUCUUCAGAUAACACAGUCUGUUCAUUACUGUGCUCAGUGAUCAAUGGGAGGGGACUGGUUCUCUUUUGGUAUAAAGAUAACUUCAUAUUAAACCGCACAAGUAGCUCCAAUUUGAAUGCCAUAUUGCAUCUUCCUCUGGAGAUUGAGAAGCCAAAAAAUGACAACUUCAUAUGUGUGGUGUCAAACCCAGUCAGCAACAAAACAACCACAGCCAACAUCACGACACUCUGUUACCACAGUCCUGUUCAUGGAGAUGGUCGUCAGAGGUAUAUAGUCAGUGCAGUGCUCAGUGGGGUUUCUGUUGUGGCAGUAAUCGGGGUUGCUGUGUAUCUCAGGAGGAGAAAAUGGCAAAAGGAAUCCAGUCAGCACACAGAAGCUUCAUCUGCAUCUGAAGGACCUCAUGCUGAUUUACAAUAUUCUGAAAUAGCUCAUAAAACUGAUACUCAGGCCUAUAUACCUGAAUCUUUCCCUGAGGAAAGGUAUAAACUAACAACAAUUUACGACCAAAUUAGGCCACAGAGGUUUCCGUCCACAGAUAACAGCCUAGAGUGCCAUCAGGCUCUGGUUUAGCUUUUAAAAAAGGGGGGCAAAAAAACCCUAAAACAGAAGUAGAGUUUUGUAUGUAAAACACGUGUUGUAAUGAAGUGAUUAAAGUUCAAUACUGAAGUUACUAUAUGUGGAAAUGUUGCUACUCUGGCUUAUUCAACCUGAAUUUACUCCAAGGUGAUAUUCAUUCUCCCUCCUAAUUUCACAGUUUUGAGAAGGAUUUUCAAACUUAACAUUGUAACUUAACACAGUUUUUCAGUCAUGUUCUAUUGGAUGAUGUUUUUUGAUAAAGAUUGUAUAACUUAUUGUGCUGUGAAAAAUAAAUGUCAAUUACAAAUCAA